UCUCAUAGUCUGAAGUUCAUGAUUGUGAUAAACAAAGGUGCUCUGCGUAUUCCAAGCUACAUUAAUUAUUGGAUGCUAGAUGAAUCACCUGUAUUAAAGUAUGACACUGACCAGAAGAAGGUGAUCUUUCUAAAGGAAUAUCUGAAUGGAACUCUUCAGGAUGACCACUGGCAAAGCAUAUUUUUCAGAGUAAUCAGAUUUUAUAACAUGUAUAAUAAUAUUUUUGCGGAGGUGAUGGUGAACACAAACAGGACGCAAGGCAUGCAUUUUUUCCAGACAAUGUUUGGCUGUAAGUCAAAUGCUGAUGGAACAACCAGUGGGUUUGUAUUUCAUGCUAUUGAUGGAGAAACUUUCAUGGGAUUUGAUAAAAACUCUUUGCAAUGGACUUUUUCCAUGCAACAAGCUGAAACAAUGACAUAUAGCUGGAAUCGUGAGACAGUUAAAGCAAGAAAUUGCAAUAUAUUUUUAGAUGAGACCUGUCGUGCAUACCUGGAAAUGAUUCUGUCGUACAAGCAGCAGGGCACAGAAAAAAGCGCUGAACCAAAAGUGAAGGUUUAUGGAAGGAAGUCGAGUAAUCACACAUUGAUAUCAGUUUCAUGCCAUGCAAAUGAAUUUUCUCCUUAUGAAAUCAAAUUGGACUGGUACAAAAAUGGAAAUUUAAGAGUAAAUGACUUUCAAUCCAGUGGCAUUUUACCAAAUGGAGAUGGAAUGUACCAAAUAAAGAAGACAAUACAGGUUGCUGUGCAUGACAAAAACAGAUAUUCUUGUCAGAUCGAUCAUGAAAGCCUUGAAGAUGGUUUAACUGUAAACUGGGAUGGGACAGUUGAAGAUGGUGAUGGAAGAGGACACAUAAUAGCGAUUUGCAUUAUCAUCCUCCUCAUUGUGUUAGCUGCUGCUGCACUCUUAUUUAUGAGAAAGAAACAAGGUGAUAAAUAGAAUGGAUUGAAGACUGUGCAGCAGCCACCUCAGAAGAACACUAUGCCAAACCACUCAUCAGAAUAUGUGUAAAAAUGCAGUUAAAAGAAAAAUAAAACAGAACCCACUCAAGGAAGGGGAUAGGAAUAUUUUAACAGCAUUGCAUAAUGCAAGCAAUAACACCCUGCUGUCUGUGCACUGUACUAAGAUAAUAUCAGACAUGGAGGAAAUGGGCAUAGGGCAACUGACAAAAUGUAACCUUUUAUCCUAUGUACUGUUACUACCAUAAAACCUGCAUUUUGAAUGCAGUAUCGGUGUUAAGGAAUUGCUUCCUUUACUUGAUUGCCUUCUGAAAAAAAUGUUAUUAUUGCUUGCAAGUUACCAGGAGCAACAUAGAAAUAUGUAAAGAAUUGGAGUACACAGUGUUUUACAUGAUGAAGUAAGUCUAUUAUUCUGUAAGUUUUUCUUUUAUUUGUAACUAAGCUGGGCAUUUGUAACUGACAUGAAAUUGUGACUGACAAGCAAAUGUUGUAUGUAAAGGGAAUUGUAACAAAGU